AUGGAUAUAAGAUCAGCUAUAUGCAAUCUCAUUAAGACUGUGUUAAACUUCAUAACAGAACCUAAACUUAGGACUUAACUCAACGAACUUUAUAAUCUAGCAUCCAUAUCCAAUUCUAAUCUAGAUGACAUAUAAAGGCUCAUGAAUAACCUUGGAAAGGGAUCAACAAUUCAUCAUAGAGUCGUUUCCUAACCUUUCUCACUUAAUUCUCCUAAACCCUCUUAAAAAAUUUCAGCUCAAUCUGGAGCAAGUGUUUCUGCAUUCUCUAAUGGAAUUAACACUAAAUUUGCAAGUUUUGGAAGUCGUAUACAAUAUACCAGUCCCUUUAAGACUCAUAGAGAUGAUAGAUAGAAUAAAACUAACUCAGAUCGAUAAAUUUGUUUAACUAGUGAAACUUUGACAUAAACCCCCAAGAAUUAAUCUGAUUUCAAGCCUUUUGACAAAUUAACCAUUGACUUACCUUCCAAAUUCAAAAUGUAAUAAAAAGUACAUAAUCAUUGUCCUACAGUUCCAGCAAUUUAGGACCUUUUUGAAUAAUCUUAAAAAAAAGUUAACAUACCAGAAAAUAACACUGAAAAAAAGAUUACUUAAAUUAAUCCCAAAUAAUAAUAAUUAGUAAUAAAAUAGUACGAUUAAUAAAAAAUAUCUGGCAGAUUAUUAAUCACCUUAGAUUAAUGUAUUAAGGAAAUGAGUUAGAAUACAUUUAAAUUAAUAUUAACAACAGAAAAAACCAGUGAAAUAGAUACUUGUACCUCUGUUCUCCAUAACAGUUAAUUAGAAAAUUCAAUUACAAUAGUUUAGAGGAAAUAAUUUAAUGUAAGAUUUUUAAUAUCUAUAUAUAUAGCCUUUGUACAAAGGAAUCCAUUAGAAGAUGAGUGAUAGGGAUCUUUUUUAUAUUCAAUAAAAUUUCUUAAUGAAAAAGUUAAUUGUAAAAGCAAAACAAAUUGAAAAAAGUUCUCCUUUGAAUCCAAGUUUAGAGAUAUUUUUAAAAUGA